AUGCCUCAGAACCCAAUUCUGGAAGUUGAGAUAUAUGAUGUCUGGGGUAUUGAUUUUGUGGGGCCAUUUCCCUCAUCUUACAAGAACAAGUACAUCCUGGUAGCUGUUGACUAUGUUUCCAAAUGGGUAGAAGCCAUUGCAAGCCCAACCAAUGAUGCUAAGGUCGUCAUUAAGCUAUUCAAAAGCAUUAUCUUCCCAAGAUUUGGAGUUCCAAGGGUGGUGAUCAGUGAUGGAGGCGAGGCUCUCACUUCAUCAACAAAAGAGAUUAAAGCAAUCCUCGAGAAAACAGUGGGGACAAAAAGGAAAGACUGGUCUCUAAAACUCAACGAUGAACUAUGGGCAUACAUAACUGCCUUCAAGACACCUCUGGGAACAACUCCCUUUAACCCUGUCUAUGGAAAGUCAUGUCAUCUCCCAGUUGAGCUUGAAUACAAGGCCUUAUGGGCAAUCAAGCUCCUGAACUUUGAUAUCAAAACUGCUAAGGAGAAGAGACUAAUCCAGCUGAAUGAGUUAGAUGAAAUCAGGCUUGAUGCUUUUGAGAGCUCUCGGAUCUACAAAGAAAAGACUAAAGCCUUCCAUGACAGGAAGAUCUUGAAGAAGGAGUUCAGUGUUGGUGAUCAGGUGUUGCUGUUUAACUCUCGGUUAAAGCUGUUUCCCGGGAAGCUCCAAUCAAGAUGGUAUGGACCCUUUCAGAUCAAGGAAGUAAGGCCCUAUGGAGCUGUUGUGUUGUGGAACAAGACCAGUGGAGAUUUCACAGUGAAUGGGCAUAGACUAAAGCCCUACAUGGCAACAACAACAGAGAGAGAGAGGGAACCUCGGUUCCUCUCUCUGAUCCAACCCCAGCCUAGAACGAGAAAAGGAAGUCAAGCUUAG